AUGGAUAUUUCAGUUGAGUCACUUUUAGAGGAGUUGGAUGCCGCUAAAGAGUUAUCUGUACUAUUCGACAUUGCCGAUUCACUAGGAUUGGAUAUUAAUGCAACGGAUAUCUCAGAAUUCAAGAAUAAGCUUACUCAAUGCGUACGUCAGUUGCAGCCUAACGAAAAACAAGUUACAUAUCAUGAUCAAAUUAAGAAAUUAAAUGUUAUUAGAAAUGAUGAUGAUAAAGCAAGUAAGGCGCUAUCAGCUCUGCAAGCAGAUAUUAACGAUAUGGAAAAGAAAUUUGAUAAGUUACUUCCUUGCGGAAUAAAUGGGCUUAAGAUGGAAUGCCCGGAUAAAAAUGAACAAAAGGACAAUUCAAAAAUAUUAGACGAUUUUAAAUAUCCUAUUCUUGUUACGGGCGAAACUAGCGCUGGAAAAUCUUCAUUGCUAAACUAUCUGCUUGGCUUUGAUUUAUUACGGAAUCAUACACUAAGUUGUACGAAUAGAAUAUGCGAAAUAAUGUACGGAGAAGAGCCAAAAAUUAGCAUAAUAAACGUUAAUGAUGAUAGUCAACUCUUUACUAGAAGUUGGACACUGGAUGAAAAAGAUAUUGCUAAAAGAGAAAUUCAAUCAUUGACAGCAGAAACAGGUCUUAUACAGGGCUCCAACGAAAGCAAAGAAAUAAAAAUCGAUGGUAUUGCGGCAAAUAUAUUGGUUAGGAUUUAUUGGCCAUCAGAAUUUUUAAAGAGUGGCUUACAAAUUGUCGACAGUCCAGGAAUUGGCGAAGAAAUUGAGAAUCCGAAAGCCUUGAAAAAUUAUAUCUUUAAAGCUGUUGCCUACAUUAUUGUCAUUAAUGCUGCUAAUGCUGGAGGGAUUCAGGAGGAAAGGCUUCAACUAUUACUACAACAAAUAUCGGGCGUACUGAGACAGAGUGGUUAUUUUAAUCCCUCUAUGGCUCUAUUCAUAUGCAAUAAGUGGGAUUCUGUAAAUUCUACUGAAAGAAAGGAGGUAAAAGCUUACAGCUUAAAAAAACUAAGAAAGUAUUGGGCUGGAAUAAAGGAGUCUCAAGUAAUCUUCCUCUCUACCAAAGAGUUAUUAACGGCUAGAGCAUGUAAUGAAGAUGUACUAAUUCCACCAGAAGCUGUACAACUAUUUGAAAGGCUUAAUGUCAUGGUUCCACUUAGCCGUCAACAACAGUUAUUUAAAAUUUAUUGCUCAAUGGUUGCUCCCGUUGAAGGAGUGCUGGAAACGUGUAGAAGCUAUCUUAUGAAAGCACAAUUAAAAAAGGACAAUCGAAAAAAAGCUAAAUUUAUGCUAAAACAGUUACAAAACAUUAUUAAAGAGUCUUCUAAGGAAUUAGCAAAGAAAAAGAAUGCAUUAAUUAAUGAUAGUGUGAAAAGAUAUCAGGAAUUUGUUCAAGGUUUGAAUAAUGAUUCUAUAGUCAAUUGGUCAAAAAAUGACCUUUUAGACGAAGAAUUAGAAGAAAAUGAUUCGAAGAAAUUACAAGAAAAUGUUGUUAACAAAGUUACGCAACGAUUAAAUUGUCAUCUGAAAUACAUUGCUACAGAAAUACAAAAAGAUCUUUGGGUUGUUAGAGAAUUGUUACGAAAAGAAUAUAUUACUAGGCUUAAUAAUGUUACUGAUCAAUCACAAUUUAACUUGAUUGAAACUAGUGGUGUCGAAUUUAGUACUCAUGUUGACAAUUUCUACUUAGACGAAACAUUUAAAUAUUCUAUAAUAUCACAAUCAUAUAAAUUACGCGAUAUAUGGCCUAACACGAUCACGAGUAAAGGCUCUCCACUACAUUAUUUUGGGAAAUCGCAAAAUCGAUUAGAGAUUCAGAAGUUUAAAGAAAACAAAACUGAAAUAUUGCAACAGUAUACACUAAUGAUUCUUGAAUAUAUUGCUUCAGAUAAUUUUGCGGAAAAAUUAAUUAUUAAAAAAUUUUAUUCCUUAAUAACUGCCUUACUAGAUAAUGUGGAAAAUAGCGUAUUAGAAUCUUCACAGCGUAAAAUUAAAUUUAUCAAGAAAAUUUUGGCCGAUAAAUCGGAUAAAGAAAUUAACAGAAUUUAUCUACCAAUUAAAGAUGAAGCUAAGAAACAAUUGAGAAAAUUGCAUAAAUUUUAUUUACAACAUUUAAGCGAAUCAGCGAUUAAAUUUGAAGAUCUGCAGGAAUGUCAUACAGAAUCUGCUCCAUUAUCUGUCGGUUUAAAAGUAAACUUAUAUCGGAAGAAGCUGUGUGAAAAUGAUACAGUAAAUAACGUAAUUAUUCAAGCUCCGGUUAAUGAGUCAAUGCAUGAUAUGCAAGAUUUUAUUAACGACUGCUAUAUCAUCAGCACACUAGAAUCCAGGAAUAUCGCAAAAUUUCUAGGUAUUUGCUAUGUUUCAUCCCCAGAAAUAACGGCUAUUGGCAUUUUUGAAGAUUGCCAUGAAACUUUAUAUGAGCUAAUCCUAUAUAAUCAAACUAUUAUUGGUGAAAAUGAUGCAGCUAUUACUCGAUUGAAUAAGAUUUAUUCCUUUGUUAUCCAAAUUAUACAAGGAAUUAAGUAUUUACAUGAGAACGACCUAAUUCAUGGACAUUUGACAGCCGGAAAUAUUUUGAUUUAUCGACGAAAAGAUCACUAUAAAAUAAAGCUGUGCCAUGCAAUAAAGCAUUGCACAAUCUACCCGAAUGUUCAAUUCGAGAAAUCAAUAAUCCAUUAUUUAGGACCAGAAGUCUUAAAAAAUCACAGCUUUCAAGAAGCUUCAGAUAUCUACAGCUUUGCGGUGUUAUUCUGGGAGAUAUGGUAUUGGAAAUUGAUAGCUAAUCUGUUUAACUGGAAUAUUUAUACUGAUUAUGACGAAAAAAAGAAGUACUUAUUUGCAGCAAGUGCAUUAAUUCCUGAAUUUCAUGAAAAUAUGCUGAAUAUAUGUGUCCAAUCCCUGUCUGCUAAUCCUGACGAUAGACCGACUAUAAAUUUCUGGGAAGAAAAGCUAGAUGAAGCUGCAAAGUUACACUAA